AGCACAGGCAUUGGGCCAGCACCAUUCACACUUUCCCCUGUUCUGCAGCAGACUGAGUUCCUCUAAUCCUUGUGUUCCUUCCCUCCAACCUCUCUAAAACCCUUCUCUGAGGGAGAAAUAGCUAUAGCUUGGGGCUAAUAUUGCUUUAAGGAAACUUUUGGCAGAUGCGGAUGUCCUAACAUCUGGGCAGUUUUAACAGAAUCCCGGAGGCUCGGACAGACCGGGAGCUACUCGUUCUAGGAAUGUUAAAUUAGAAGUUUUUUAAACUGAUGAGAGAAGCAGAAAGGAAGGAGAAAGAGAAGGAGGAGAGAAAAGGACAGCACAAAAAUCCAUAACACAGAUCGCACAUUUCUGCUUCCUCUCACUUUUGGAAGUUCAUUGAUGGCCGAUUUGUGAAAGUUACUUUCCGUUGUUCUGGUACUUCUGGCCACCUACUCCUAUUCUUGUCUCCCUAACCAUCCCUACCCCUUCAAAGGAUGGCCGGUAAAAUAAUUCAAAGAGGAGCUCUCUCUCUGCUGCUCUUCCUGGCUCCAGCAGUGACACCAACAUGGUUAGCAGGUUCAGGCUACUACCCAGAUGAAAGCUACAAUGAAGUAUAUGCUGAAGAAGUCCCACAGGUCCCUGCCCUAGACUACCGAGUCCCCCGAUGGUGUUAUACAUUAAAUAUCCAAGACGGAGAAGCCACAUGCUAUUCACCAAGGGGAGGGAAUUAUCACAGCAGCUUGGGCACUCGUUGUGAGCUCUCUUGUGACCGGGGCUUUCGACUGAUCGGACGAAGGUCGGUGCAAUGCUUGCCAAGCCGCCGCUGGUCUGGAACUGCCUAUUGCAGACAGAUAAGAUGCCGCACAUUGUCAUUCAUUGCGAGUGGCACCUACACCUGCACAAAUGGGGCACUUCUUGACUCCCGUUGUGACUACAGCUGUUCCAGUGGCUACCACCUGGAAGGUGACCGCAGUCGAAUCUGUAUGGAAGAUGGUCAAUGGAGUGGAGGCGAGCCUGUAUGUGUAGACAUAGAUCCCCCCAAGAUCCGUUGUCCCCACUCACGUGAAAAAAUGGCAGAACCGGAAAAACUGACUGCUCGAGUAUACUGGGACCCACCUUUGGUGAAAGAUUCUGCUGAUGGUACCAUCACCAGGGUGACACUGCGAGGCCCUGAGCCUGGUUCUCACUUUCCCGAAGGAGAGCAUGUGAUUCGUUACACUGCCUAUGACCGAGCCUACAACCGGGCCAGCUGCAAGUUCAUUGUGAAAGUACAAGUGAGACGCUGCCCAACCCUGAAACCACCACAGCAUGGCUACCUCACCUGCACCUCAGCGGGGGACAACUAUGGUGCCACCUGUGAAUAUCACUGUGAUGGAGGUUAUGAGCGCCAAGGGACUCCCUCCCGGGUCUGCCAGUCCAGCCGCCAGUGGUCAGGAUCACCACCCAUCUGUGCUCCUAUGAAGAUUAAUGUUAAUGUCAACUCAGCUACUGGCCUUCUGGAUCAGUUUUAUGAGAAACAACGCCUCCUCAUCAUCUCAGCUCCUGAUCCCUCCAACCGAUAUUACAAAAUGCAGAUCUCUAUGCUACAGCAAUCCACCUGUGGACUGGACCUGCGGCAUGUGACCAUCAUCGAGCUGGUGGGGCAGCCACCUCAGGAGGUGGGGCGUAUCAGGGAGCAACAGCUGUCAGCCAACAUCAUCGAAGAGCUCAGGCAAUUCCAGCACCUCACUCGCUCCUACUUCAAUAUGGUGUUGAUUGACAAGCAGGGAAUUGACCGGGAACGCUAUGUGGAACCUGUCACCCCAGAGGAAAUCUUCACGUUCAUUGAUGACUACCUACUGAGCAAUCAGGAACUGACCCAGCGUCGGGAACAAAGGGAUGUAUGCGAGUAAACUUGAGCCAGGGCAUGGUUGAGAUCAAAGGAAAAGCUCUGUUAGUUGGCUGAAACCAGGGUCUAAUAAAAGGAGGAAAUGGUUUCCCAUAAUUCUAGGCACAAGACUCUGAAGUAGGUGAGGUUCACCAAUAUUGGGACAUUUCCAGGAACCUUUUUAGGGCUGCAUAAUAGUUUCCCUAAGCAAGUUUCUGCUUUAAGUAGCACUGGAGAAGCAUAAGAAGCUACAUAGGGACUGAGGAGAGACCCUGGGCAGUGGGUUGGUGGUAGAUUUUCCUUUCCUAACCUGGGGUUCUCCCAGCUCUUCAAAGUCUUCUAGAUAAGUAAAUCCUAAAUUCAUUCACUAA